GUCUUGCAAGUAAGAAAGAAGAGAUCUUUCCAUCAAGACCGACGGCAAAAUUAACCCACUGUGCAGAUGCUGUUUAUACAAAUUGCUAAUCUGGGGAGAUGAAGCCUCACGUGCACCUGUAACUGCAGAUGUGUCCCAGGAUUGGUUUCUGAUUUCCAGAAGGCUUUCGUUUCUCCCUCCACACCCCUGACCCGGAUUCCUCUUGGAUUUAUUACAGUAGACAAGCAAUUAACAUCAAUGCUUUUGAAGGAUUAAGGACUGUAAUUACACACACAGUGAGUGUGUCAGGCACCAGCAUUCACAAGUCCUGCUCUGUGGUGGCGUUGGUCUUGGAAUACUACCCUCUUAAGAUGCCUUAAAAGCUUGUCACCGUUAGGUUGUAAGGUUCCCUGCAGGAACGCAAGGUAUCCUAAGACUGCUAGCAAAUUCCUGAAAAAGAUCAGCAUGUAUGACACAGAAUCAGUCAAGAAGGACAAUGAAUCCCAACUGUCUACAUUUGCUACUGUACAGUCUACUACAGUUACUCAGAUUUCCAGUAAUACCAGUGAUGUUUCUCACGAGGAAAUAAAGAGAACGAAACAAGUGAACAGAAGUACAAAUAGUUAUUGUCCUCCACAAGGAACACUCAAUAAACUAAUUACAGAUGGAGUUGCACUCAUUGUAUUUUGGACUCUACUCUGGUCCCUUAUGGGCGAAGAAGUUCUCCCUGGUGGAAACUUGUUUGGACUCAUAAUUAUUUUCUACAGUGCCUUUCUUGGGGGGAAAAUUUUAGAGAUCAUUAGAAUACCUGUAGUGCCCCCCCUUCCUCCUCUUCUUGGGAUGUUACUGGCUGGUUUCACCAUCAGGAAUAUUCCGUUUAUUUAUGAAUUUGUCCAGAUUCCUACCACAUGGUCUUCAGCUUUAAGAAACACCGCCCUUACUAUUAUCCUAAUACGAGCUGGGCUUGGACUGGACCCACAAGCUCUGAAGCACCUGAAGGGCGUUUGUCUGAGGCUGUCAUUCGGUCCCUGCAUCAUAGAGGCCUGUUCCGCUGCCUUUUUCUCCCAUUUCCUUAUGAAGUUUCCUUGGCAAUGGGGGUUCCUAUUAGGUUUUGUUCUAGGCGCUGUCUCUCCUGCUGUUGUCGUUCCCUCCAUGCUGUUGUUGCAAGAAAAUGGAUACGGUACGGAGAAAGGCAUUCCAACCUUGCUGGUGGCCGCUAGCAGUAUGGACGAUGUUGUGGCCAUCACUGGAUUCAACACGUUCUUGAGCAUAGUCUUUUCCUCGGGUAGUGUAAUUAGCAAUAUCCUAUCAUCCUUGCGGAAUGUAUUUAUUGGUGUGCUGGUAGGAAUUGCUAUGGGAUUUUUUAUUCAGUAUUUUCCAAGUGGAGAUCAGGAGAGACUUGCACAGAGGCGAGCCUUCCUUGUUCUGAGUAUGUGUAUUUCUGCUGUCUUAGGCUGUCAGUACUUUGGCUUACAUGGAGCUGGAGGACUGGUCACACUAGUGUUGUCGUUCAUGGCAGCAAAAAAAUGGGCUAAAGAGAAGGUUAGAGUCCAAAAAAUUGUUGCAAACAUGUGGAAUAUUUUUCAGCCACUUCUUUUUGGCCUAGUUGGAACAGAAGUAUCUGUUGAAGCUCUUGAAUCGAGAACUAUUGGCAUGUGUAUUGCUACCUUGGGUUUGGCAUUAUCUGCUCGAAUUUUAGCCACUUUUGUAUUGAUGUCUUUUGCUGAAUUUCGUUUUAAGGAGAAAGUAUUUAUUGCUUUAGCAUGGAUCCCCAAAGCUACAGUCCAGGCUGUCUUGGGUCCUCUGGCUCUAGAAACAGCAAGAAGAGUCAUGGCACCCCACCUCGAAACAUACGCCAAGGAUGUGAUGACGGUAGCCUUCCUAGCCAUCCUGAUCACAGCUCCAAAUGGAGCUCUCCUCAUCGGCAUACUGGGACCCAAAAUACUUGAGCGUAGUGAUGUGACGGUUCCUUUAGAAGUGGAGCUGUCAGAUUUUCAACAUCAGUAAAAAGUUUGCCAUCACCCCCGUUUCGUCUAAUGAAUCGUCUCACAUGACAGAAAAAGUGUUUAUAGUACAGAAGUUUGGAGAUCGUUCAUAGAACCUUGGAGUCAGUAAAUGCACAAUUUCUAUACAGGGUUUUCCUCUGAUUUAUACAUCAGAAGUAAAUUUAAUAAAAAAAUAGUAUUAAAUGCAA